AUGGCAAACAUCCUGAAAGGCGGAUCCAUCCCCGUUCACCCGUGGCUCCUCACCUUCCGCUUCCUGCAGGCUCUCUUCGCUGUCUUAAUUAUUGCUACGACUGCAUAUUCACUUUCCAUCGAUAGUGGUGGUCCCUUCAAAGCACCUCUAAUCUCCACCAUCAUCAUUGCGCUUCUGACGCUUCUCUCUGUACUCCCACUAACGACCCCUCUCCACAUCUCCCAACGCCACCUCUAUGAUCCACGCAUCGCGCUCGUCUUGGACCUCGUUGCUUCACUAUUUUGGCUGGCGUCCUUUGCAGCAUUGGCAUCGUACCUAGAUAUCUUCCACGAGUAUGGCAAGGCACUGAGAGUUGUCGACGAGGUAUUCCAAAUAUGCUCGAAGUGCAGAGGGGCGUGGAAAAGCGGUGUCGCAGCUGCUGUAUUUGUGGUAAUAGAAUUCCUCCUCUUCCUUUUCACAACCAUCGCAUUCGCGUACUACUACCACUGCCACCUCGCCCACGAGCCUGCCUACGGCCUCUCAGAGAAGAAAAAAGACUCCAUCGUGCACGACACCACAUACAGCAUCCCUUAUUCCGCGACCGCGCCAAAUGCAAACAGCGUGGCGACUGAGCACCAUCUGCGCUCUCCAACCGACACGCAGAGCCAGAACCAUAGCCAAAACGAAUGCCAAAAUCAAACACCGAUGCACAUGCACACCCCCAUGAUCCAGCACACCCCCUCCCCCCCAAGCCACGAGGCCACCCACAUCCUACACUCCCAGCCCUCAGAGUACGGCGCUUUUCGAUCUUCGGACCACCCGCCGACGCCGCACCCCAAGACGGGAGGGUACUCCAGCGCGUUCAGGACGAGCCACAGGCCGACGUCGGGAUAUGGGGCACCACCGGCGGUGAAUAUGGAGGCAUCGCCGAUACGGGAGGAGAGCGGGCGGGAGAUGGAGGUGGAGAUGGGGAGGGAGGGCGCAGAGAGUCCGCCGCUGCCGCCGAGGAGUCCGUCGAGGUUGGAGAGGGGAACUGGGGAGUAUGGGUUUGAGCACGGAAUGGGGUAUGUAGGUACUGGGGCUGGCGCGAGACCGUGA